AACGUAAUCAUGGGGGCGGUCCCUGUUAUUCCCAGGUGGCACCAAUGACAUCACAUCCAGUAUAAAUAGAGGAAGUGACUCAGCAUUUCCUCCUUUCCUUUUGUCUGGAGCACAUGGUGUGGUCAUUAUCUUCAAGAACUGUAUUUAGAGGGACAGGAGACGGGCUCAAUACGCCACACAGACGUUCACACAACCGUUCAACUGAGGAGUCCCGUGGGUGUCUUUAUUUUUGCAGAGGUUUAAAGACCCCUCUUUAUCUGCAAUCAUGAUCCAAUUGCUGAGCGUAGCCAUUGUUGCAGGAUUGUUCUUUGAAAGCAACCAGCAGACAGCCAGAGGGUCUGACUUAGUUUUACUCCCUAAACCAGGAUGCUGGACAGACUGGUUUGACAGAGAUGACCCCUCUGGAACUGGAGACUGGGAAACCCUCUCUGAUCUUCGCAAUGAGUACCCAGGAAAGAUCUGCUCUAAACCAGUAGAUAUUGAGGCGAGAACUCUAUCUGGACUCACUGUGGCUGCAGCAGGUGAUGUGAUUUAUGUAAGUGACACCACUACAGGAUUUGUCUGCAGGAACCAGGACCAACCCAGGACUAAGAUGUGUAAUGAUUAUAGUGUUCGUUUCAGCUGCCCUUCUUUCUGUAAAGUGUGCUGGACCCAGUGGUAUAACCGGGACGCUCCCAGUGGAACAGGGGACUGGGAGACUUUGACUAACCUGAGGACAGAAAACCCAGGACAAAUCUGUGACAGCCCACUGUCCAUUGAGGCUGUUACCACUGACACAUUGACCCCAGCCCUCUCCACAGGGCAGACCUUCUUUAUUUACAAUCAAAAUGAGGGAUUGGUUUGCCGCAAUACGGACCAGAAAUCUGGCUUGUGCCGUGACUACAAAGUUCGGUUUGGGUGCCCAUGCUAAGUCCAGACUCCACAGCAAACGCUGCGAAGGAUAAGACUCAUCUAAUAAAUUUUCUCAAUUAUCUCAGA